CUUAAAAACUGUUUUGGGGCUCAGGGGCUGUGUAAUAGACUAAUAUUAAAUUAGGAAUCUUAUGUAUCUUUGGAAACUCUUUUCAGUAUAAAUAUAUCUGCCAGGUACCCUAUUGAGUAACCUUUCCCAUUAUUUCACAUGGUAUCAAGAGUCUAAAUUUUUCUCUCUCUCCCAAAACCUUUUUUUUUUCGGCCAUGAGUUCCGCAGCAGAAUUUUCCGCCGCCAUCUCCUCCUCUUCAAUGGCAGCCGCUACUGCUUCUUCUUCAUCCUCAACGACGGCGCCGGUAUCUGCCACCUUUACCGACGCGGCCGUCAUCAUCACCAGCGCAGCAGUUAAUCUGACCGAGCCGCCGCAGUUCUCUUCAUCCGGAGGAUCGGUUGUGCAUCCCUUGCCUUCUCCUCUCACGACCGAGACCCAAGGGACUUAUUCCCUCUUUCACGCUAUUCCUUCCACUUUCCCAUGGCAAACCCCAGUUCUGCCUAACAUCCCAGGCAGUUUCUUCUCAACCCCACUCCCUGCGUCAACACAACCAACCCCUGGGUAUUAUGGUUCUACUUUUUCAGGAGCACCCGGCCUCUCUCGGCCACCUGAUAAUUCACUAUUUCAGUCACAGAUGGCUAUGGUUGCACAAUCCAUUACCCCGGCUAACAAUGUUACUCAAAUUGUCACAAUUGAGCUUAAAGCAGUGGAGGACUAUAUCACGUGGCGCACUCAGUUUGAAUCUUUCCUUGUGUCUCAAGGUGUGUUUGGUUUCUUAGAUGGCUCCAUUCAGGUACCUUCCAUGUACACGGUUGAUUUUAACAAUCACCAAAUCAUUAAUACUGACUAUUAUCAUUGGCUACGAGUUGAUCAAACAAUUCGCUCUUGGAUUUUUGCUACUCUUACUCGUGAUGUAUUAAUUGAUGUACAUGAACUUAAACACGCUUUUGAAAUCUAGGAAAGAUUGCAAAAUCGUUUUCGUUCUGCUAGUCUGGCUAGAUCUAUGACCCUGAGGCGUCAAUUAUCUAAUAUAAAAAAGAAGGACCAUCAGUCCAUGGAAAAUUAUUUAAGGGAAAUACAUGUUUUAGUUGGUGAACUGGCUGCCAUCAACUCUCCUGUGUCCAAUAAAGAAGUCCUUCAAACCACUCUAAUGGGACUUGGACCGGAAUAUGAGUCCACUUUGGGAACUAUUUCCCUAUUUCCUGAUAAUUUUCCGCCAGACAUUCUUCACCGCAGUCUUUUGGAGGCUGAGCAACGGGUUCUUUAUCUUCGUCAACAAAACACUCCACCUACUUAUCAUGCCUUCGGAGUACAAGACCGAGAUGUUGCACCACGUGGAGGCCGGGGUGGCCGCGGCAGGGGUGGCCGCGGUAGAGCUGGCCGCGGUCGAGGACGAGGUUACCAACAGUACGGUCAGCAGCCGGCUCCACCAUAGGGACAACAGCCAGGUCAGCCGCACGUACAGCAGCCUGGACAGCAACCCGGCAUGCAACAGGAACACCAGCAGGGGUUCGGCCAACAAUACGGGGUCCAGCAACAAUUGAGAUUUCCAAUUGCAGGCUCCCCAUCUGCUGAGGGUAUUCUUGGGGCAAUUCCUCCACCUGUUGUCUGUCAAAUAUGUUUUUCUGCAGGUCAUUCUGCAAUCCGAUGUCCUUCCCGUUUUUCUCCACCCACUGCACCUGUUCUUCUCACCGGUCAGGCUAAUGAAGCUCUGUGGUAUCCAGACACUGGUGCCUCUGCUCAUAUGACCUCCUCUGAAGGACAAAAUUUCGGGGGCGGUUCUUCUUCAGGCAACAACUAAUGGCGAUCUCUAUCCUCUCAGCCUGAAUUCACCAUCUAGCCUAGCUUUAUCUUCAGUUCUCACCACUAGCCCUGUGUGGCACCGUAGAUUAGGACACUGUGGAGAAAAUAUUUUACGCAUUUUAAGUAGUCAAAAACGCAUAUGUAAUAGUUCUAGCUUUUCUCAUGACUGUAUUUCGUGCCGGUUAGGCAAG